AUGGCGUUAUCUUGGCCGCACGUUCUGCAGUUUCGUUCUCAACCUUCGAUCGGGCAUGCUAACUGCGUCUUCUUCUCCGAUCUCACUGAAUUCCGUUCUUUGGAACUGUCGUCCACUGGUUCCCUCACUCUGCUUCGCCGGUGCAAGUUCUCCUGUCCGUCUCCGGCGGCGCUGAAACCGGUGAAAUGCCUCAGAAAAUCUACGGAGGAGAAGCAGUGGAACGACGCCGAAGCCUCCGUAUCCGACUCCGACGAAGUUACCGAUGAACCAGAUGACCGGAACCAAAAUUCCGUUCCUGCAAACGGUCGUGUUAGUUCUCAGAGGAUUAUUUCCGGCGAUUCUCUUUCUCUCGGAGUUCGAGAACCGGUUUAUGAAGUCGUAGAAGUGAAGUCUAAUGGGAAAGUGUCAACAAGAAAAAUCAACAGGAGACAAUUGUUGAAGUCAAGUGGUCUUCGUCCUCGGGACAUUCGAAGUGUGGAUCCUUCAUUGUUUAUGACUAAUUCAAUGCCUGCUUUGCUGGUCCGGGAGUAUGCUAUACUUCUAAAUCUGGGUUCACUACGAGCAAUAGCAAUGCAAGAUUGUGUACUGAUAUUUGACAAUAAUCGUAUAGGUGGAAAAGCUUUUCUAGAGACAUUGCUGCCUCGACUGAACCCCAAGAACAACAAUGGAGGGCCAUCAAUGCCAUUUGAAGUUGAGGUUGUUGAAGCAGCAUUGCUUUCAAGAAUACAGCGAUUGGAGCAAAGAUUGAUGUACUUAGAACCCCGUGUGAGUAUGAGAACACAACAUUCUAGAAGAUCUUAA